AGUGUUUUCGCAACCUUACCCCCCAUCACCAUUGCAGCAGUUUCGACUGCUACACUGAUGUAUCCUGUCGACCUUGUGAGAGCAUUGCGUAUGUCGGCAGCAGCGGAAGGUCGUGCAAAACCAACAGCUGAACUUCUCCAGAACUUUUACAAGGAGCAUGGAUUGAAAGGCUUUGCCACCCAGGGCAUCGUCCCAGAAAUGGUCCGAGCAACAUAUAUGCGCAUUCUGAAAUUUUUCUUGUUUCCCAUUGUCCACGUGGGAAUAUUCAAGAAGUCGGAGAAGGAAGGUACAGGUUUCACGAAAGCAAUUGCUGGAGCUGUCGCCUCUGUGCCAGAAGCGAUUACUAUACAACCCAUCGAGAUCUCCAAGAUCGCCUUGCAACUCGAUAAGAACAAUGUUUACAAGAACAAUGCGUUGGCUGUCAUCAAAGACAUCAUCAAAACAAGAGGUUGGCCAGGUCUCUAUGCAGGAUUUCCAGGCCUGCAGUACCGCCAGCUGAGCUGGACAGCGGCAUAUUUCGCAAGCCUGCAGCAUUUCCAAGAGCAGUCAAGCCACUUUAUUCCAGAUGACAUGAAGAUGCUGCAGCAGUUUGCUGGUGGAUUCGCAGCUGGAAUCUUUGGUGCUGUAUUUAACACUCCCGGGGAUGUAAUCCGUUCAGUUCGACAACGAACGUUUCUUGCAUCCGUUCCGAGGCGGGAAGUUUGUUCGUUCGAAAUCUGUUCAAGGGGCUUCCGCCAUCUAGUCGGCACUGGUGCUACCAUCGUAAAACAGAAAGGCAAGUACAGACUAACUGGACUUUACACUGGAUUCGGAUUCAAGGCACUUCAUUUAGGAGGGAGCGGUGCACUGCUGGCUUUAUUAGUCCCAACCCUCAAGACGUGGAUGGGAGUUGAAUAG